UCGUUUAACAACGUUUUCACCAUCGAAUCUGGAAAAGGCAACACAACUCUCUGAUUCCAUUGAAGAUGUCGAGUUCUCUGCCAAAAAUCUGGAAAAAUGGCUGCGCCCUUCGUGCAAGCAGCAUAGGCCCAUUAUGGAGGAGGCCGUUCUCCGCUUCUUCCGAUGCAUUGGUAGAGUACAAAGCUGGGGAGAUCGGCAUGGUCUCUGGCAUCCCCCAAGACCACCUUCGCAGGAGAGUUGUCAUUUACUCACCUGCUAGAACUGCAACCCAACAAGGAUCUGGAAAAGUUGGAAGGUGGAAAAUCAAUUUUAUGUCAACACUAAAGUGGGAGAAUCCAUUGAUGGGGUGGACAUCUACAGGGGAUCCAUAUGCCCAUGUGGGUGAUUCUGCACUCGGUUUUGACAGUGAAGAAGCUGCAAAGGCAUUUGCUGAGCGUCAUGGUUGGGAGUAUGUGGUUAAAAAGCGCCACACACCGCUACUGAAGGUUAAGGCAUAUGCAGACAACUUCAAAUUCAAGGGGCAUCCCAAGACUGAUGACAAAUAAAUUUAUUUUUCAUGUCAUGUUUCCUGGUUUAUAAGCCUGAAGUUGCUCAAAUGGUUUACAGUUCUAUUGGAUGAACAUUUUCUGACGAUGGCAGUGAGCUAUGCUGAGAAAAUCAUAUAUCCCUGCCUCACAUCCCUUUUUCUUUUCCGGUUUCUUUGUCAAUGACAAUUACAAUUAAUAAUAGUUUACAUUCCUUGGAUC